AUGGAGGGUGUCCACUCACCUUAUUUUGACUCAGGCCGACAAGAAAUUCCCGAGGAUUUCCUUGAUAAGCCAACCUUACUGUCACCAGAAGAACUCAAGGCAGCAAGUAGAGGAAAUGGUGACUAUGCAUGGUAUUAUGAAGGAAGAAAUGGGUGGUGGCAGUAUGAUGAGCGUACUAGUAGAGAGCUGGAAGAUGCUUUUUCCAAAGGUAAAAAGAGCACCGAAAUGUUAAUUGCCGGGUUUCUGUAUGUUGCCGAUCUUGAAAAUAUGGUUCAAUAUAGGAGAAAUGAACAUGGACGUCGCAGGAAGAUUAAGCGGGAUAUAAUAGAUAUACCAAAGAAGGGAGUAGCCGGACUUAGGCUGGACUGUGAUGCUAAUACCGUAAACCUAGCAAGAGAGAGCUCUGCUGAUGGAGCGGACAGUGUACCAGCACAGAGUGGAGCUUCUGUUCAGCCUCUGGUGUCGUCUACUGUAAGGCCCCUGACGUCAGUAGAUGGGCAGUUAACAAGCCCUGCAACACCAUCCCCUGAUGCAAGCACUUCUCUGGAAGACUCUUUUGCACAUUUACAACUCGGUGGAGACAGCAUAGCUGAAAGGAGUCAUAGGGGGGAAGGAGAAGAAGAUCAUGAGUCACCAUCUUCAGGCAGGGUACCAGCACCAGACACUUCCAUUGAAGAAACCGAAUCAGAUGCCAGUAGUGAUAGUGAGGAUGGAUCUGCGCUUGUUGCGCAACACUCCUUGACCCAACAGAGACUUUCGGUUCCUAAUCCCAACCAGACAGUAUCUGAUCGAUCUGAUCUAUCAGGAACUGAUCAAUCCGUGGCAGGGGGUGCAACAGUGGGUGUCAGUGUCAGAUCCAGAAGGCCUGAUGGACAGUGCACAGUAACUGAAGUUUAAGUAAUAAAGUUUUCAGAUCCAUGCUCAAGGUAAAAAUGGUUACCUGUACAUUUCUGCCCACAUAACAUUAUACUCAUCCCUAGUAGUGCAUUUUGGGAGUUGGGGUGGGAAGGGGUAUGGUAAGGAUAGACCUGUAAUUAAAAUGUCUAACAUGUCUCUGUUGAGAAAUUUAUUUAAUAUAAGGAACUUGGGUGUUAAUAGUUGAGAGCUGUUUAGUAAUAACCCAGUUUUCUUGAGGUCUGUAUAGUUUUUUUAAAUAUCUUCAGUUCUUUUGGCCAGCGUGUAUUAUUUGUGCAUUAACGAUCCUCAUCUGACUCUUGCAUUGUCAUAUUUUUCUGCAUGGAAUGACAUAAAAACCAUUACUAAAAUUUGGCACCUAUGAGAUGUCUGGGAUCAGUAUGAACAAGAAGCUUAAUUAAUGUGAGCAUAGAUGUGAAUUUGGGGUUUUAAAAUAGAAGAAUAACAACUAUUUAAUAGUAAAGUUACUGAAAUGGAAACGUAAAGAAAACAGCUUAUAACUUAUGUUUCAGAAUCUUGUCUAACACACUUCAUGGCGUUCCCAUAGGCUUUGCUGUCUAGUCCUUGUAGUUUGAGGUGUGUCUUGAUCCACAUUUUUCUUUUUGAUUACAGACUUUAUAAUUUAAUAAAUACUAGAGU